AUGACGCAACGGUGCGCUGCAAAGAUCAGAGCGGAGAGUCAGUUUGGGGAAAUACCGUUCACUUUGGACGGCUUUCAAGCGAAGAGAAUCACGAUGCUAAACGCUCAUGAAGAAAGGCGACUUAAAGAAGUAAAGAAGCAAAUAGAUAAACAAGGAACAGCUGAAAAAAAGAAGCUUCUGAAACAACAAAAAGACACCAUUUUCCGUCUGUUCACAUAUUUCUUCUCAUCUCAAAAAAUUCAUUCUGCGAGGACAGUUGAUGGACAAGAACGUUACAAAGUGGUUCACGGCUGGGCAACUUCACAGGAGCUCUUGUGUUCAAUCUCAAGAAAUUUUGACUCACAGAGGCUAAUCCCUGAGAAAAAUAUUCCUAAUAACAAAAGAAAAUAUUCUCAGAAAGUUGGUGUCGAUUACAAUAACAUUUCCUCUGUUUCUAACAGCGGUUUUUCUCGUGUCAGAAGAAUUUUGGCAAUCGAAGGAAAUCUCAAAACCGAAAGCCGAAUUUGUGCAAGCCGAGAGACGCCAUACGUACAUUUUCUUGGUGCCAAAGUCAGUAACAGCGAUCAGCUCACCUCAACACAGUCAACUUCCCUAGCAGCCUCGGCAAAGAAGAGUCUCUUUCACGAAAAGUCAACAAGCGUUAUGGAAAGCCAAGAUAUAGCGCGCGAGAGGCUGUUGUCUAAAAUUCUCCCUCCUGCUAGCUUACCACCAUUGCACUCGCUAAAGGAAAAAACUUUCAAAGAAAAAAGCGUAAUAAGUCUGAAAACGAAGAACAAGAUGGAAAAUGAAGAACUGUGGGCUGGUCUAGAGCAAUGCCGCUACAUCAGGAGAUAUGUCAGAAAGUGAAAGAUGAAAAUUAUCGAGAAAAAUUCCCCACCAGUACUCCACCAUAGAUUAUUUGUCUCACAGUCAUUGUUCACAGGACAAUGUUCAUGGCGCGCUUUCGAAAAAGGUUUUAUCAUAUCUUCUUGUUUGCUUUGCGAAAACUGCUUCGGUUAAAAGUCAUAACCUGCUAACGCCGAUAUAAUACAGUUACUAAGGCUUGAAGGAAGCUGUUGAAUUUGAAGUUCAAAGGACCAGUUUCGUUUGUAUGAGAAUAAAAAAAUAUGUCCUAGAAUUCUGCCUUUAAUGUGGUAAAGUUUCGAAAUAUACCGUUACCUUCUUUUGGAGUUCUGUCCCUCAAUAUAUACGCGCGUACAAUUACCAAUGUAAAACCGGCUGACCAGAUCAUUCCAUUCAAUAUUGAGAGAAAUCCGUUGGUUAUCGAAACUUUCUAACCGGAUCAGUCAAUUCCCAAGCUCUAUCAAUUGUUCUAAUGGAAUCUUUGUCAGCAUCCAGUCAUGUUGAAAUUGACCGGUCUGACCGGCCAGGCCUGAUAGAUGGGAAACGCCCUUUGAUUUCAAGUUGAACAUGACGGCCAACGGGUCAAAGGUAAGAUCACCAGCAAUGGAUGCAGUUUUUAUAAUUUCAGGACCUGAUAUGCGAAGAGUUCAGACAUAUAGCCUCCCAAUAAAAGAAAUGAGGCCUCAUUGUAUGACCUUGUUUGCUUCAAGAAUUAGGUUAAAUUAAGAAUUUUUGAAAAAAUUUAAGAAAUUUUUAUCUAAAAGGAUUCCAACCGAAAUACUCUCUCCCUCCAUUGGAGUGAGAAAAUUUGUUUCCUUUCAAAAAUUAGUAUAAUGAGUGGUUUGCACAUAACUCUGUCUUUCUCGCAAAUACCUUUAGGCAAUGGCUUCUUGAGGAAAAUCAGAUGGUGCAGGCAUCAGUAAGCGAUUUGCACACUCUUAAGCUCGAACGUUUGUCAGCUGUUGAUCCAGUUUUCACACCCGGUGAAACAAAGUAAGCUAAGACAUCGAUCUCAGAGCAGCUUGAGGCACUCGUGUUUUUAAGCAUGAAUGUCAGUUCUCUUUAUCCUCUAUCGGUGAUCAAUUGUAGAAUCGAAAAUCACCCCUCAUUAGAGAAAAUCGCCAAUGACCGUCUUCUAAACUUGGAAAACGUUGCCAACAAAUAAACCGGGUCAUUUAUUGACGUUAUUAUGACGAAGUCCGAGUUUUCAUUGUCUUUACUCCUGUUUAUUUAGAGGACCUGUCAGUCGGUUAGUUCCCCAUAUUUGUUAUGGCUACUAUCUCCUGUUGGAGGCGAGAUAACAAUUGAGCGCCGAACUUCACCUGAUUUUGACCCGAUGUCACUUACUUUUUGUUCUGGAUUGUUUUCCUUUGACAUUCGCACUGGAGAUUAUUGAGUGCGUACACAAAAGAAAGAAGAAUGCCUCUGAAGCAAACUGUUUUGUACCUAAAAAAAGUCCAAUUUUUCAGUCCUUGAUGUGACAUUUAAUGACGGAAUAUCCUAACACGCACAAAGGCGUGUGUGAAACAACAAUCUUGCAAAAAUGGAAUUGUAAUAAAAUAAGAAAAUUGAUCAAAAUUAACAGCUGGUAAAAUAAAAAGAAGCACAGCUUAAUUUUUAUUAGAGCUUUGAGGAUAAGGGAACCGUAAAGCUUUCGAACUAACUCUUUAAAAUUUUAUUGUAUUUCUAUUGUUAUCAUGAUUAUUGUUAACAUGCAUGAUCAAUUUUGGCCAUUUAAUUAUUGGUUAAAUGCCAUUUAGGCACUUUGCAUGGUUCUUGAAUCAUCUUUCUCAUGUGGAACAGGUACUCAUAGAUAUGUGGGAUCUAACAGGUUUUCUGUUUUGCAUGUGAAUACAAAUCUCCCACAAAACUACCUUCUAGCGUCAUUAUAAGACCUUCAUUUCUGGCUUGAGCCAUAAAAAAAUGUGCUCUAUCAGUAGUCACAUGCAGUCUCAGACUGACUAUUUAAUCCCUGUUUACGUGCAAUAAUUGCGAGUCACAAUAUAUUGGCGAGUCACAACCAUGUGGUACAGUCACGCGUCUGUUUGUUCCUUUUUUUUCCACCAAACUUAGAAAUCACCCCCAGCAAACCGAAUAAAGAAUCACACCGAAAAACAAAAUAAUCUAAUGUAACUUAGAAUUCAUGGGAGACUCAAGUUUGUGGUAUUUUUUCUGAAAAGUAGCUUUUCUCGUCCACUUGAACCAAUCGCUAUCUGCACGGGCAUGUUGCAGAAGUCAAGAAUGGGAGUUUCAUGACCUUACUAAACAAAUAUGUGCAUUUUCAGCAAGUCGCAUUUGAAACCCAAAUCAUCGAUAAAACAAGCGACGAUACAAUAGGGGAAUUAUUUUAGAUUGAUGCCGUAGGUCUUGUGAUUAGCUGUUCCAGUAUCUGCUUGUGCAAACGGAAAUUUCAAUCGCUUUGUACAGACUUCAAUAGUUUCUGAAGAGGAAAUGGCAGGAAUAAUAUUGAAUAGUGUUUUUAAGGCCACUAUUGGCUUUCUUAUAAGUAAAGGCCGUGAUCUGUUGGCAGAGAAGCUUAAGGAUGGAGAUGUGACGGAUGAAAAGUUUCGUGAUUGGAUUGUGCGAGAAAUCGAUGCCGUCAACUCAAAGUUGGAUUCCAUAGCUUGGAAGGAUCUUGGGGCAAGCAUUAACUACUUUAAAGAAGGAAUCGUGCUAAUGUAUGUGGUUUUGGAAAAAUCCACGACUGAAGAGGCUAUGGAGAUUGAGGAAAAGGCGAAUAAUAAUGACGUUGGACUAUUCACCACUGUGCGUCAAAAUUCAAUUUCGUCUCCUGAGGUAAUAAAAAGCACAGAACUGACCGAUCCUGACAAAUUGUCGCAAAAAGCAUUGUCUGAGGCAAAAAAAAGAUUUAAGGAUGCUCGCAAGAAAGCAACCGAGGCCGUCAGUAACAAAGCCUUACGUCCGACUGUUCGAAUAUUGGCCAUGGAGUACCUAGUUUUGGCUACAAUAUUAGAGAAUGCAGACAGCCCAAGCAUUGCAUUGCCCCUUUGUAGAUAUCACUUGGAGGAGCUUCACGCGAUGGCGGUUCAGAAGACCUUUCAAGAAAGAGUCAAGAGGAGCUUCAAGUCUCGACUAAGCAAGAAUGACCGUAACGAAGUUAUCUCAGGCGUUUGUCGCAUUAAUCAUGCUGUGUUAGCAAUCGCUCAUAUGGUUGGUGAUCACAGAUCCGCGCUCCUGGACUGGCCGUGCAUUACUAUUAAGGAGGAGAAGAUUGACCCUAUACGUGACGCGAGGAUUGUAAAAGGGUUGAAGAAACUCCAGGUGAAUAAUGAGGUCCCCGAACUACCUGCUCUAUACAGAACUAAGGAAAAGUCUAUAGGACAGUUUAUUCUUUUAGACAUCCGGAACGGUGAAACAAAAACGUUUGAUAGUGAUGAAGAUCAAUUUUGCUCUUCCGUCGUGUCAAUUAGUGUACAAGCAACGUUGAAAAUUCAGUGCGUGAAACCGACUACGGAACAAAGAAGAAUGUCCCUUUUGGUGGACACAACUGACGCAAGGUACCUUUCUAACAUCCAAGGAGUGUUAAGCAGCAUUGUUCUUGAAAAGAGAGGGCACAGAGUUCUCUCUGUGGCAGUAAACAACAAGACUGAUCAGUUGGCUGUGCUAGUGGAAGAUGUGAUCUGUACCCCAAGUUCCUUCAUCGAUUAUUCUACUCCAUGUGAAGUAGAAGUGUAUGGCAGUGAUGGACGCUUCCGUAACCGCUUUGGAAGAGAGCAAUUAAAAGACGCAAUUGACAUCACAGCUACCAAUGAUGGAGGUUUUAUGGUGUUACAACGAAACUCUUGCAUUUACGCUUUUAAUGCAGAUGGAAGCCACUAUCAUCAGUUCCGUGUAAGAGGGAACACUUCUCCCAGAGGAGCUGCAGUAUUCUGUUUUCCGCCAACAGAUCAUGUGUUCGUCGCCUCACUAAACGCGGAACAUUGCCUACAAGUGUCCAUACACAGCAAAGGUGGCACAUUCGAACGCAACAUAUACAUCCAACAUAAGGAAGAAAAAGGGAUGUGGUGUGUAUCAGGGAUGUGUGUGACGAAGGAGGCACGCAUUGCUGUGGCUAUUAAUGAUGCGCAUGGACACAAGCUACUCGUGGUUUGA